AUGCUUUCAGCGAGAGCUUCGAUACGUUUUGGAGGGGAACGCGAGGCUUUAUUUGUUUUGUCGUCUAGGAGCGGGAGGAGCUCGUCGUCAUCGUCAACAACAUCAUCGUCGUUCUGCUUCUCUGCGCGGGGAAAAGAAUCGGAUUGGAUAAAGAGAAGAAGAAGAAGAAGAAGAAGAAGCGUCGACGGAGGAAAAGGAAAAGGAGGAAAAGGAGCGACAGUUGCGAGUGGUGCUUUAACAUCGAUGGUAUCAUCGAUGGACCCGACGACGCAGAGCUUUAUGAUGACACACGCGGUCGUUCGAGAUGUCGUGGCAACUGUGCUCACCAUAUCUGGGUCGUUGCUUUGGGUGAAACUGUUCGACGAACUCGCGAGAAGAGAGAUUUUAGAGGCGAAACUCUCGCGCAAACUCGUCCACGUCACAUCCGGGACAUUUUUUGCAAUGACGUGGUGUUUAUUCGGCGACCAGUGGUAUUCGAAGGCGUUUGCGACUCUGGUGCCGAGUUUACAGGCGUUUAGGUUGUUCGCCAUCGGGAGCGGGUUGAUCGAGAAUAAAAACGCGGUGCGAGCGGUGAGUCGAGGAGGCGGGAAAGAGGAGUUGUUAUACGGGCCGUUUUAUUACACGAUUGUUUUGAUGGUGACGACAUUACUGUUUUGGAGAGAAUCGCCGGUUGGGUUUUUAGUCGUGUCGCUCAUGUGCGGCGGCGACGGCGUCGCGGAUAUCGUCGGCAGACGGUUGGGGAAAACCGGUAAAAAAUGGCCGAAACCGUUCGACGAGCGUAAAUCCUUCGCCGGGAGCGCGGCGAUGGUUAUCACUGGAUUUCUAUUCACGGUCUCUUUAACCCAUCUGUUCGGUGUGAUGGGUUUUUUCCCGAACAAUCGCGUUUUUGGCGGUCCGGACGAUAUAGGAUACUACGCAGUUAUCUUGCUCGCCUGCCUCUCUUGCGCCGUCGUCGAAGCGUUGCCGGCGAGUAAAGUCGACGAUAACAUUAGCGUCGCCGCCGUAGCUGCCUUGUUAGGAUCGUUAGCCUUCUUAUGA